AAACCUAAUUCUUUAAUCUAAAUUUUUUUAGUAGCCCUUUACAAAGAAUUUAAAUUAAAAAAAAAAGUUACAAUCUUUGCAGUUUCAUGGCUAAAACAGUGACUGUAAAUGAAGCUUUUUGUAGCACCUUUUAUUAACUAUUUUCCUUUCUUUCAGUUUUUGGUCAUAAAAAGUUCAGCUCUAGAAGCUAUCCCAAGUUCUGUUUCAGGAUCUUCUUGGGGCUCAACAUAACUGGCAUCAACUUUCAACAGCAUCAUUUUCUUGGCAAUGACCAAUGUAUGUAUUAGUAGAUAUCACAGUUUUCACCAUAAAGCAGCAAGGCAAUGGUCCUCGGGGAGAAGCUACGGCGGUGGAUGUUUUAGAACGUUAUCCACUUGUGCUGCCGAGUUUAUCUCCCCAGCCGCCCCUCUCAGUUUCCGCCCACCCUCGUCAUUAGUGUUGGCAGCCUGCAUUAGGCAGUCUGAUGCACCCCAGCGCUCAGAGGAAUGGUUUGCAUUGAGGAGGGACAAGUUGACGACGAGCACUUUUAGUACGGCCUUAGGGUUUUGGAAAGGAAACCGUCGCUUUGAACUCUGGCAUGAGAAAGUUUUUACAUCGGAGAUGCAGAUCAUUGAAGCCUCUAGAAGAGCCAUGGAAUGGGGCGUACUCAAUGAAACAGCGGCUGUCGACAGUUAUAAAAGUAUAACCGGACGUGAAGUCAGUCAUAUGGGAUUCGUGGUUCAUUCAGCAGAGCAAUUUUCGUGGGUUGGUGCUUCACCGGAUGGUCUUCUCGGUUGCUUUCCUGGCGGUGGCAUCCUCGAAGUUAAGUGUCCCUAUAACAAGGGGAAGCCCGAAUUAGGUCUCCCCUGGUCAGCUAUGCCUUUUUAUUACAUUCCACAGGUUCAGGGGCAACUAGAGAUAAUGAAUAGAGAAUGGGCAGAUGUGUUUUGCUGGACGCCAAAUGGAAGCACGACAUUUCGUGUAUGUAGAGACCGUAACUAUUGGGAGCUAAUACAUGGUAUUCUGCGAGAAUUUUGGUGGGAAAGUGUGCUUCCGGCCAGGGAAGCUUUAUUGCUCGGGAAGGAAGAGGAGGCAAAUGCAUAUCGGCCGACGUCCACACACAGACAGACCGGACUAGUCAUCUCUAAGAGCUUGACAUUAGCUAAGGAAUCGAAGCUGGUGUGUCGAGAUAUUGCAGGUCACGUUGAAUUUUAUAGGUGAUUACGGUGCUUGAUCUUCCGAGGAGCUGCAGAAUCAAGUGUCUAGAAUCUAUUUCUGGAAAUAGAAGAUCUGAAAAUAGUUACAGGAGGGGCAGGCAGCCAUAGAAGAGUUCAGACAGCAUUGUGUAGAAGCAACUGAUGGUAACUCAGGAAUAUCAUUUAGGUUUUGUAAUCCAUUGGAAUGAAUAUUAAGCUCAUUUAUUUUUGCAUGUUGUUAAAAUUUAUAAAUCAUUAAUAGCCAUUGGAUCGAAUUUUGCAUAA